GGUUUUGGUUUUUAGCCUCAGGUGUGCAGCAGCGCUCGUCCACUCGACGUAUUGGGGUUAGGGCUGCGGAACUUGAGAAACUUUCACUGCUUUUGUAUGAGUCAGAAACCCGAAAAACCGACACUAUCAGGUCAACGUAUCAAGACCAGGAAAAGAGAUGAAAAGGAAAAGUACGACCCUUCAGGGUUUCGUGAUGCCAUACUGCAGGGUUUUGCAGAGGCUGGGUCUGACCUAGAUGCAGUGCACAAGUUCUUGGAUGCAGCCGGCUCCAAGUUGGACUACCGCCGCUAUGGAGAGGUCAUCUUCGACAUUCUCCUGGCUGGCGGCAUCUUGGCACCCGGGGGUACCCUGAUCGUGGAUGUGGACUCAGCCAAGCCCUCGCAGACAGACGUGUGCGUCUUUUCGGCCCCCAACAACAUGGAGGUGCUGAAGAACUACGCCCAGCUCAUCACCAAGCUGAUCCGGCGUUACAAGUACCUAGAGAAGACGCUGGAGGAGGAGUUCAAGAAGGUGCUGAUGUUCCUGAAAGGUUUCAGUGCCGAGAACCGCCAGAAGCUGGCGCGGGUGCUGGCGGUGCUAAUAGCAGGAGGCCAGGUUCCUGCCUCGGUGCUGCAGAGUGCCUUGCAGGACCACCUCGUGAAAGACGGCCUGGCCCUGCAGUGCCUGCUGGAUGUGCUCCAGACCUGGCUGGACGAGCGGGACCCGUCCACACUGUGGGCUGUGCUGCGCAAGGCAGGAUUUGACUCGCGCCUCAUGGAGUUCUUUCCUGUGAGCAAGAGGAGUCCGGAAAACUUCACAGCCACGUUCAAGGCACAUGGUAUCUCUCAGCUGCUGGACUACCAGAAAGCACAGGAGGCAUCGAGUGUCAAGAAGGACCUCCAGCAGCAGGUCAGCAACAUGCUCAAGAACGAAGUACCAGUCAAGGAGAUCAUUCAGAGUGUGAAGGAAUACAUGACCAAGUACUCACUGCCCGAACACGAUGUGGCUGUGCUGCUGUGGACAACCCAGAUGUCUGGCAUGGAUUGGAACAAGAAGGAAGAGCUAGUGGCGGACCAAGCAUUGAAGCAUCUGAAGCAGUACACUCCUCUGCUCGAAGCAUUCACGACCACCCCACGUGCGGAGGUAGCGCUGCUGGUCAAAGUCCAGGAGUUUUGCUACGACAACAUGAACUUCAUGAAGGUAUUCCAGAAGAUCGUUAUCCUCUUCUACAAGACUGAUGUGCUCAGCGAGGACUCUAUCCUCAAGUGGUACAAGGGUGCCCACUCACCCAAGGGCAAGAGCGUGUUCCUCGAACAAAUGAAGCGCUUCGUCGAGUGGCUCCAGAAUGCCGAGGAAGAGUCUGAGGGGGAAGACUAAAAGGUGUACCCUGCAUGUGGCAAAGCCCAGCGAUUUUCCUUGCUUGCAACCCUGCCAGUCAAGCACAAAUAUGUAUUAUACGAAUCAAAUAACGAGAAAAAAAGAAAAAAGCGCACCAGGUGGAUGGGUUGGACAUUCCUGGGCUUAUGCCACAGCCUCGUCACCUUUCUAUUCAUCACCGCCUAGACUGACGACGAUCACCACAAAACCACUAUGCUGCCAGCGCUGCUGCCACCUCAUCUUGAAGACAAGUUGUUGGAAGAAGGCAAUGGAAAGAAAGCACUCUUGAGGGCAAGGGAAAGAAAAGGAAAAAAAAAAAGAUGCCACCGAAAGGAGCAGUUUGCCUCUCUCUCUCUUUCUCUGGCCACCAUGUAAUUGGAACCGAGCGAGUUUGUAUGAAAACUCAGACUAUUUUUGUAAUGAGGCUGUUCUUUCACUACCCCUCACUUGUCUUCUUCCAUGUUUGCGCACAUUCAUCAGUUUUUUUUUCUCCUCUCCAGAUAUCUUUUUCUCCCCUUUUCUGGUCCAUCCUGCCUCAUUUUCGGCUUGGGCAAAAAGAGACUGGUGAUUCUGCGAAAGUACUUUUCAGUUUAUUGGACUGUGGAUUGGUUGGGGAUGAGGUAACAACUUUUGCUUCAUGUUUUGUCUUCUCUCGCUCUGUUGUUUCAUCUGUUAUACAUAAUUUCCUGUCCCACUCGUUUUCUUUCUUGCUUUAUUUUGUGAAUGUCUUUUUUUUUUCUUCUAACAAGUGUUUCAAUGUGAAAUAAAUCUUGUUAACUUUUGA